AUGGCCUGUGCGGGGCUGGCGGGCUGGUCCUGGCCGCUGCGGGACCCGGGCUGCUGCGCGCUGCUGGCGAUCGCCGGGCUCUUGCUGGGGCUCUGCUGGCUGCUGAGCCGCCCGCCCCGGGGGCUCCCGCCCGGCCCCAGCCCCUGGCCGCUGGUGGGCAACCUCGGCUUCGCGCUGCUGCCCGGCCCGCUGCGGAGGCGGUGGCUCCUGGGCGGGCAGGGGGGCUCCCGCCCGCUCUCCCCGCACCUGCUCCUGACCCGCCUGGCCAAGGUCUACGGCAGCGUCUUCAGCCUCUUCGUGGGCAGCCGCCCCAUGAUCGUGCUCAGCGACUUCGAGGCGGUGCGGGAGGCGCUGGUCAGCCAGGCCGAGGUGUUCAGCGACCGGCCCAGCGUCCCCAUCGUGGCCAUGCUCACCAAGAAGAAGGGUGUUGUUUUUGCACCAUAUGGCCCGGUAUGGAGACAACAGAGGAAGUUUUCUCACUCAACUCUUCGUCAUUUUGGAUUAGGAAAGCAUAGCCUGGAACCGAAAAUCAUUGAAGAACUGAAGUAUGUGAAAGAAGGAAUGCUAAGAUAUGGAAAAGAUCCAUUUAACCCCUUUCCUAUUAUCAGCAACUCUGUGUCCAAUGUUAUCUGUUCUAUGGCCUUCGGCAGGCGCUUUGACUAUGAAGACAUUGAGUUUAAGACCAUGCUAAGUCUCAUGUCACGUGCACUAGAGAUAAGUGUGAACAGCCAUGUACUUCUGGUCAACAUUUGUCCUUGGCUGUAUUAUCUUCCCUUUGGCCCUUUCAGAGAACUGAGACAAAUUGAGUUUGAUGUCACAGCUUUUCUAAAGAAAAUAAUUGCACAGCACAGGGACACUCUAGAUAGAGAAAAUCCCAGGGACUUCAUCGAUAUGUAUCUCCUCCAAGUGGAAGAAGAGAGAGAGAGCAACAGUGAGAGCAGCUUUAAUGAAGACUACCUGUUUUUUAUCAUUGGUGACCUCUUCAUCGCAGGCACUGACACCACUACCAACACACUGCUCUGGUGUCUGCUGUAUAUGUCUCUCCACUCAGAAGUACAAGAAAAGGUUCAUACAGAAAUUGAAGUGGUCAUUGGACGUGACAGAGCUCCUUCUCUCACUGACAAGGCUCAUAUGCCCUUCACAGAGGCGACCAUCAUGGAGGUCCAGAGAAUGACUGUGGUUGUUCCUCUUUCUGUUCCUCGAAUGGCCUCAGCAACUGCUGUGCUACGGGGAUAUACUAUUCCUAAAGGCAGUGUGAUUGUGCCCAACUUAUGGUCAGUGCACAGAGAUCCAAAUAUAUGGGAGAGACCAGAUGACUUCCAACCAACAAGAUUUCUGGAUGAAAAUGGCCAGCUAAUCAAAAGAGAAAUGUUCAUUCCUUUCGGAAUUGGUAAACGUGUGUGCAUGGGAGAGCAGCUGGCAAAAAUGGAGCUGUUCUUGAUGUUUGUAAAUCUCAUGCAAAAUUUCACCUUUUUGUAUCCUGAGAAUGCUACAAAACCAGCCAUGGAAGGAAGAUUUGGUCUAACUUUAGCUCCAUUUCCAUUCAAUAUAAUUGCUUUGAAGAGAUGAAGAAACUUGAAAAAAGACUAAAUGAAGAGAUACUGCACUUAGCAAAUUCAGCUUUAUAUUUUUAUCGUUCUAAGGUAUGAAAACAUAUGAACUAGUAACUCCAGGUUAGCUGCUGAGUUCCAAAAGUGACUGGAUGAGAGCAUGUUAGCCAGUCUGAUGUUCUUCGCCUUUUUAUUUCUUUUUUAAAAUGCAGUUACCCAAUCUGUUACCAUUAAUUUUGGGAUAAAGGACCAAAAUAACACAUGACGCUUUACAAGUAUCAGGUGUCAUUUUGGUCAAUAUGUUGUCAAAGUGCUUUGUGUAUACACUUGCCAAACAAAAGGAAGGAUGUGAUCAACUAAUACUAGAGGAAGCAUUAAAUGACUUAAGGGAUUUGUAUGUUUGUAUGAAGAAACAUGGUGACUAAAUGCUAUGUUGCUGAAGAGUGUUAGAAAUGACAAGAACAGUGAUACUAAGGCUCGCAAGUGGCUCUUUAAUGUUUCUCCUGUGGCUCUUUGCAGCACUAGAUAUUAAAACACAUCUGUGAUUUAAUUAUUAACCGAUCAGGAUGCUUUUACUAUUUAUUAACCAAUUGUAGGUGAUAAAACAAUACUUGGUCAGUCAUUUUGCUGUAAGAACUAUAUAUAAUAAACUAUAUAUUUCUCUAUCAUACUAUUUAAAUAUGAAUAUUUAGUACUAUAGUAAACUAAACAAUGAAUUAAUACUACCGUGGCUCUUUUGGAUAAUGCUGAUUGCUAAUUUGGCUCCUGAACCACUGAGGUCUGAGUAUCGCUGGACUAGAGGACACUUUCUGUAAUCUUGGGAGGAUUUUUGAUUUUUUUUAAUCUAAAUGACUUGUAAUUUAUAGAUAGAGGGCAAACCAAAAUGCCUCACUGGAUCCUGGAUCAGAACAUUCCUGAGUAUUGGGACUUUGUGAAAAUUCAGAUUCACACUCCAAGGAGAGCCCUAUCUCAUGCUCUCUAUGGGUACGUCUACACAGCCAGUAGAAGCAAGCUUCUGACUGAGUCGACAGACUCGAGCUCACGCUACUGUCCUUGAAAUAGCUGUGAGGACAGAGCUUUUAAGUUGUGGCUUGGCACACCCCCGUUCUCUAGGUUUAAGAGCCUGAGCCCCAGCCUUAACUGCAAUGUCUACACAGCUAUUUGUAGUGUGGUAGUCAGAACAUAAGAAUGGCCCUACUGGGUCAGACCAAAGGUCCAUCUAGCCCAGUAAUCCUGUCUUCCGACAGUGGCCAGUGCCAGGUGCCUCAGAGAAUGAACAGAACAGGUAAUCAUCAAGUGAUUCAUCCCGUCGCUCAUUCCCAGUUUCUGGCAAACAGAGGCUAGGGACACCAUGUGGGCCCAAGUCUGUCAAUCUGAGCUCAGAGGCUUGCUGCCGUGGACUGUGUAGACCUACACUAAUAGGCCAAAUUAAAAUCCCAGCUCCAACAACCAUCAGACUGUGCAAGUGAAAAGAAAACAUGAGUAUAGAAGCAAAAACAAACUGUAAUUUAAUGAGGUGUAAUUUGUCUUUUCAAACAAGCAUCCUAAAACUGUUAUAGGAUAGUAAAAAAUUUAGUUGGAACCAAUGCUAGCAGUGUUAGUAGUAGUAAUGGCUAAGAGGGGUGAAAACAUUAUCUACUAUUUAACUGCUUUGAAAUAUUUACUGCUUUUAUAUUGCUUUCAUCUCUUGCAAGACAAAAACCUUCAUUUGAUGCUCCCGUUACAUGUUGUUUGUUUACACAACAGAUGAUGUCAAAAGGCUAUGAGACAUCAAUUCGUUGAUCUCUUGGUAUGGUUUUAGCAAUGUGAAAUCUGAGCCCUUGUCAGGGACCACAUCGAAGAACUGUUGGACCAGCUCCAUGUGUGUACCAACUUAAUUCUAGAACGUCGGUCUCAUGCGGAGCAUGACUAUCUUUCAAGAGUUCUUAAGGAGAAUGACAUUUUCUUGUAGAGUAACAUCAUCACUCAUGCUGCAGAUUAUGAGCAAGAUGUAAAAUUCCUGUUUGUUAGCUUGGUGCCACCAUGAACAACCAAGUAUUGGCUUGCCAUGUAUAUUAGUAACGGUCUUAAAGAUGUCUCAGUCCUGGAGGAGUUUACUUUGCUGCACUAAGAAUCAGACAACUGAUCAUAACUAAUGUGUGCAGACUUUCAAAUCUUGAAUAGCUGAAGCACAUACUACCAUUUUCUCCCCACCAAGAUUUGUAUCUUGGUGAUUUUAAUAGCCACCACUCACAGUAGGGCUAUAGCAGAAAUGAUGAAGCUGGUUAGCAACUCACCGGUUGGGCCUUGUUUGCAAAUGUCCAUUAUUAUUACUUUUUUUUACCCUAAAACUAUUGACUUUUCACUUGGCCAGAUGGAAUGCUAAACACAAUCUUGACCUAUGCUUUCUGAUUAAAGACAAUUCUGGUAUUCCUCUGCAAGCUUCAGGAACAGUCCUUAGAAAUUUCCUUGCCGCCAACAAUGGCACAUUAUUCUGCAUGUCUGCUUUGGAGUUCCAUUGAUUGAAUCGGCACUGAAACCAUGCAAGAAUUUCUGCAAAGCAAACUGGGUUGCAUAUACUGCAGAAGUUGAAGAUUGGAUACACUGUAUCAAACCAAUCCCAGAAAACUGACUGUUUUGUUCACUUUCUUAUUAAAUGCAUUCCUCACACCUAUCGCAAGGUCUAUAUUUCUUGCUGGCAGCUGGAGACAGAAGCACUCUUCAAAGAACAUGAGAAGAGUGGUGAUCCAGACACCGAAAAAGCAGGAAUAGUCACUGAACUCUGCUUGCCUGAAGAGAUUGAAUGAGACAGUGGAGGAUCUUGACUUCACCCAUUUCAGUUGCAAAGCCUGGACAUUCCUCCAUAAGUUUGGAGCUGCUGACUUAGUGAAACAACACCAACUGAAAAUUUCAGCCAGUUGUGUUGCCACACACCUUCUCUGUAACUCAAAGAUCAAAACCAACAAGUUGACUAGACAGAAGAUUGAGGAAAGAGCUCUUUUCAAAUGUCCAACACAGCCCUACCACUUCGCUGCUAUUAUCUCCUUAUACUGCAGAAGAAAUAAACAAGGCUCUCAUGGCCUCCAAAAGCGGGAAAGCUGCUGGCAAGUUGGGCAUUUAUCCUGAUAUCCUAAAGAAUUCAGGGACCAAAGGGACAAGCAUGGUUGGCAGACCUAUUCACUGCCAUGUAUUUAAACAGGGAAUAGUCCAAAAAGCUGGAAUGAGGCAAUAGUCAUUGGCCUCUUCAAACAUGGGAAACCACCAAAUGGUGCUACCAGUUAUCACUCAAUAUUGCUCAUCUCCACAACUUGUGAGUUAAUGGAGAGGGUUUUACUGGCUCAUCUCACCCCUAUCUUUGAGGCCAUCCUGCCAACAGGCCAGUUUCAGACUGGGACAAAGUUGCUGUGACCAGGUUCUCACCACUAAUAGUUACAUUGAAGCUGGCUUCCAGAAGAAUCUAAGACCCAGAACAGUACUAUAGGUUUAUCCACUGCCUAUGACAUAGUAUGAAGAGAGUGGCUAUGGCUCAAGGUAUCGAGGGUCAUCAAAUACCAACUCCUGACCACAAUGUUCAGCAACUGUAAAAAUUGCAUCCCUUUUGAAAGGGCCGAUGAGCAAAGCGUGUAUCUUCAGUGAUGGUUAACCUCAAGGAUCCCUGCAGGCUCUUUCACUAUUCAACAUCUAUAUUAGUGAUUUACGUUACACAAUUUCACAUAAAUUCAUUUAUGCUACUGAUGUUGCUCUUGUGGUACAAGGCAAAAGGCCUCACUAUCAUCGGCAACAUGCUCUUCACCAGCCUCAGGAUAAUGGCAGAAUACGUUCAAUAUUGGAAACUCGGCCCCAGUGCAUCCUCCAAAAAUCUUGGUAACUGCCUUUGGUAACUGCCUUUCUCCUAAGCAACAAAACUGCCAAGGAACUACUUAGUGUGACCUUCAGCGAUCAACAGGUUCAAAAUCAGCCCUAUCCAAAAUCCCUGGGUACAUCUUUGGACAGUAGCUUGACUUUUUUCAAGUUCAUCUGAAGAAAUGCAAAAAGCAAAGACUAGCUUUGUCCAAAAGCAUGCAGACACAACAUGGGGUGCCACUAUAUGUGGAUGCUUCAAACAGUGCGUCUAGCAUGUGUUCUUGAUUGCUGAAUAUUGUGCAUUGGUCUGGAUAGGCAGCUUAAUGCUACAAUGAGAAUUAUAACAAACAUGAAAAUCAACACCUGUUCAAUGGUUGCCCACUCUGGCACAUACACUCUCACCCAAGAUCCAGAGAGAUGCAUACAGCUUGUGAUUGCAGACACCAGAAAAGAAUUUCUAGGCUUCAAUCUACCCCCAAAACAGUGGUCCACAUUGUACUGUUUGAGAACAUCACGUGGUAGAUGCUGUCAAAUUUCUCAUCUCUGGAAGAUGAGAGACAAUUCACAAUGUGUCUAUGGAACCCAGUUGCAAACUGUGGGACUAGUCUAAGUCAGAGCCCAUUACAGUCAUUUGCCAGUGGUAUCUUAGGCUUCUAUCAAGCCAUUUCUGAGACUACCUGUUGGCUCACCAAUCUGUACUUGGCUAUAUGAAUGUUGCUAAUUACUCCUCUUACCAUACACGAGAAAUCUCCUUAGAGCAGGUCGAGGUGAAGAGGUUCCUGCACAUCUGGAAUUUGUCUGAAAAUCCUUAUUCUAGAAAUCUUCAGUUGCAAAGCUACAAUAAAAUGCUGAUAAUUUUUUAAUUAGACUUCUGUUAAAUGCCUACCCAAACACCAUGAUAAUGCUGGCUAUGCAACUGAUUGAUUGAUUUAUAUAAAUUACAUACACUUAUCCUCUUAAGUCGAGGGUAAGCACUUCUAAAAUUUUGGCAGAAUCCAAAGAAACUACACAAAACAAUAGGAGUAGGUACCUACAUCUUAAUUAUAUGGGAUUGCACAUGAAUUGUUGUGUGCUCUUGCUGCAGUCUGCCUUCUAAACCAGUGAUCUGCAGAGAAGUUUGGUAUGUAAAAUGUCAUACUACUUCUGAAACUGUUAUUUUACAAAUAAUCCCUUAAGAGUUGUAGCUUCUGACUGUACAUAGAAUCCAAUGCUGCAUGAUGUGAUACAUACGCUAUUAGGGUAACCAUUAUCAUGUCUGCCAGAACACUAGUUGCUGCUGCAACUGACACAAAAGCCUUUCAUCCCUGGCAAAUAAAAUUAAGACUUCUACUAGUUCGUGAGAGAGAGACUAGAAACUGCAUGACCUAGAGGAAGUAAAUUGCUCUUGUUUAUGUAAUUUAUACCCUUCUGCUGUGGAGCAAAGGUAAAUUGGUAACAGACGUAAGCUGAGAGGAGACCUGGAUUGUGCAAUAUUGACCUAAAUUGUUUUUGUGACUGAUAAGUUUUGAACGUGCCCUCUAUAUAUCUAUUGCUGAAUGCAAAAAUUGGUGCCUACAUUUAUGCCACUUGAGAAUUAGUUUCGCUGUAAUCUUUUGUUUAAUUUUUAAUCAAGGCUUUUUCAAAGCUAUUAAACAUUCUGUUUUAGUCACUGGGAGACACAUAGUAGUGCCCUUGACAUUUGGUUAGCAGAACUACCAGCUUCAACCACCUCUAUAAUUGUUUGAUGCUAGACAUUAAUACAUGCCUGCAUAAGAAUCUCUCUCAUUUUAGUAGUGCCCAUCCUUCCAAAACAGUUGAAAAAUGUUGACACCCUGAAAAAGGAGGAAUGGUGGAGUGGGGAAUAAAGAGGAUUGGGGAGGGGAGAAAUAGGGAGGGAAUGGGGGUGCACAGAGCCCCUGGCAUGGUGGGAGAAAAUGGGGUACCUUGGCAUGAGAGAUGGGGGAGGGGUGUUGCAGACAGUCUUUGAAAUGGAACAGGAUCAGUGGUGGCACAGCGGGAGCUUGGGUGGAAUAGAGGGAUGUAAAAAGCCCCUGGCACAUUGCUUUUGUAGGCUGAACUCAAUUCACAACUAGUAUUCAUAAUUUUACAUUGGACUGCUUGCUCCCCUCUGUACUCCUUGGGGAAUUUUGACUGCUGUUAACAUUGGAAAUAUUAAAGUAAAGCUACUAUAACAUUAA